AAUAAUAUUAGUGUGUAGGUUGUUGUGGUAUUAAAUAUUGAUUCAACACUCGUUUUCCUUAUGAACUAUUGGUCGUUAUGUCUUUUUAAGUUUAUUUUUGAAGUGAGUGGUGAGAUGCACUCAUAUAGAUGCAAGCGACAUUAUUUUUCGACAUUAGCCAAUCAGUGAAAUAAUUGUACAGGUGGUUAAAUAUGAUCAGGCAUCUUAAACGAGUUAACAAGGCGGAGCAGCCUAUGUUUAAGAACCAUUUUCUGUGCAACAAUAAUACGAAAUUAAUUAAAAACAAGUGUCUAAAGUUGAUAUUCUACAAUUUUGAUCCAUUUGGAAGUGACCAAUUUUAACAUUUCAGUAAAUUUUAAAGUAUAUUAAAAGCAUUUUUGUAUUUUGUCAACUUAAAAUUAUUUUAAAAUAUGAAAUUUUUGCAAAUUUUGCUAAUUAUGUUUAUAAUUAAUUUAUUCCAUAUUUCGACCAAAAUUUUUUUAUGGGAUUGUUAUCGAUUGUCCUUUCAAUAUCAAGUUGUAGAGAGAUCACUGUUUUUUCUUCAUGAAUAAAUUCCUUGAUUUGAUCAAACAAUAUGAAAGUAGAUACCAAUUGAUAGUGCAUAGUGUUAUUAUCUUAAAAUUUACUUAUCAAGCACCGGUUGGGUGAUGCAAUUAUCAGUCAAUCAUGAAUCUAAAAAAAUCUGCGAAAUUAAGAUUAUCUUUCGCCCUCCAUCUGUGCCUAAUCGUAGCACACAUAUGGAACAGCUACGAUUAUAGGCAGUAAAUCUAUUCCAAAUAGCUCAAUCAACUUCACAUUGACCCAAAAAUGAUUAUCACCAAAGGGCCAAAAAUUUCAAUAAUUGCAUCACCCAACCGGUGCUUGAUCAGUCGAUUUGUGCAUGGUCGUAAAGUUUCCCUUGGAGGGCGAAAGAUAAUCUUAAUUUCGCAGAUUUUUUUUAUUAACGUUCUUUACCUAUCUCGUUCCAUCUACGGCGCGUACCACACCUUGUCUGCUGUUGUACGUGGGCUUAAAAGAAAAAGCACAUAAAGUAUACCAAAGCCGACCAACCGUACAGCUGACGAUCGAAUUUGUACUCGCCGCUGAUUGAACACGACUGAAAGCAAUUGGAUAUGUUUCAGACAUCACAUUUGUUAUAUUUUGUGUUUAUAAAAUCUGCCUAUGCCUUUAAAAUGCACCAUGUGCAUGUCGUGAGAUUGAACUUGCACCCUCAACGCAUGUGAUAGAACACAAGUGCAACUGAUACAUAGGUACGCACUUUUGAUCUGGGCCAGAAAAGAAACAAAAAAAAAAUACACCAAUUGAGAGAAAUAUAGCCACAGCAAUGACAUUCGUACCAUGUGAGCGAAUUUUUAGCAGAUAACGACUAUAAAAAGGAGUGGACAGUUCUGAACAGAACAUAAUCAACAUACGGUUGUCAAACAGUUCACACAGAUCCCAAAAUGGCAUUCAAAUUCGCAGUCUUCGCCGCCAUCGUGGCCGUCGCUAACGCCGUCGCCAUUGGUUACCCGGCUGCCUACCCAGCCGUCGGUGUUGCCAAGAUUGCCACCCCGGUCCUCGCUAAGGCCGUCGAUGAUUAUGAUCCAAACCCACAGUACAGCUACAGCUACCACAUUGCCGAUGCUCUGACCGGAGACAACAAGGAACAGCAGGAAUCUCGCAACGGAGAUGUUGUCACUGGAUCGUACGCUCUGGUCGAACCCGAUGGCACCCGUCGUGUUGUUGAAUAUACUGCUGAUCCAGUCAAUGGAUUCAACGCCGUUGUACACCGUGAACCACUUGGCGUCAAGGCUGUUGCCCCAGUUGCCAAGUUCGCAGCCCCUCUGGCCUACCCAGCUGCUCAUGUUGCCGGUUACCCAGCUGCCCAUGUCGGAUAUCCAGCCUAUGGAAAGGCCAUCAUUGGUUAAAAAUUCAGAUAAGCAACACCAUAUGAAUCAGUUGUGAUUGCAUAGAUAAAUCUCCGAUCAAUCAUUUGAAAAUCACAACAUAUUCUGCGUGGAAAUGACCUUUGCCCCGCAACAGGACUACGAUAAACGGUUUAAACAAAAACUUGUACACAUUGUACACAAACAAUUAGAAUCAUUCAUGUGUAAAUAGUAACAUAAUCGCUCAAAGAAUGUAAACGUACCAUAUAAAAUAUCACCCAUGCUUACGACGAGCAGUGUAAUAAUCAUACACGUUUGCUCUCCUGUUUGACUGUGUGUGUGACUUAAGUGUUAUUCUAGUGUUAUUAGCUCAAUCAAUCACGAACGAUAAAACGCAGCUUCAUGACGAUGAAAAGGAAACAUAACAGUUUUGUGAAUUAUCAAUCCGAAAUUUCUUAUACGUUUCUCAAGUAUCUAUGUAAGAUUCCAAAGAAAUGUAUCUGUGAUAUUGAGUUAUCCUAUUAAUGCACCGAUUGCGAAGACAUUCGAGACUGGUAAUG